GGGGAGCGCAUUUAGUCACUUAGUACGACGACCACAUGCGGCGGUUCUCAGUCGUCUCAAUAGCGUUGAAACUUACCCAUGUUACUGGCGAAAAAACAUCGUUAGAAAUUUCUUCUUGAAAUCUGCGUCUAAAAGUAGAUAUUAAAUCCAGUCAGCACCAUGGGUGACGAUCACGUCAAAACAGCUUUAGAGAACUACACGACGGCUCCCUUUGAUGCCCGCUUCCCAAACACCAACCAGACCAAGAACUGUUGGCAGAACUACUACGACUAUCACCGAUGCUUGAAGCUCAAGGGAGAAGACUAUGAACCAUGUGAAUGGUUCAAGAAGGUGUACAAGUCCAUGUGUCCAUUCGCCUGGGUUGAGAAUUGGGACGAUCAACGAGAGAACGGGACUUGGCCCUCCAAGAUUUGAUGACGGGGCCUGUCUUUGAGUGCUUAGGGGGUAACAGCGCUGAGAUGCCAUCACAUUAGGAAACGUUAUCUUAUUUUAAGAAAAGACAGAUGUUUUAGAUCUGCACGGGGCCAAAUUUUAUGGAGCUGGAUAGCAGAAAAAUAUUGCUAAGGGAAUUUCUCUGUUGAGCAGAAAUUGGUUUGAAAUCCGACACAAGCAGUACGAUCAAUUUGGCUUGUUACUUUGUUUUGCCCAGCAAGUUGUGCUCUGCAACUCCAUGAAAUUGUCAGAAGCCUUGCAGAGGGAUUGAGUGAUUUUUACACAGAGGCAGAACAGUCUUUACAGUUAAUACAAAAAGGGGAGCCAGUUUGCCUGCCGAGCUCAGCAAAGUCUGCUCUUGACUGUCGUCAUCAAUUCCAAAGUUUGGCAAUUCCACACAUGUAGGAACAUUGCGGUUACCUUCGCACCUGUGUUAAGUUUGGCAAUUCCACACAUGUAGGAACAUUGCGGUUACCUUCGCACCUGUGUUGGCAUUCGAAAAUGGAUUUGAUCAUUUAGUUAUUGAAACAGAUUGUAUGAUACUAGAAGUGUGAAUGUGAUGCAGAAACAUACAUAAACGACAAUUCUGGGAAAAACAUUAACUCAUUUUAAUCAGUCAGUCACAACAGGCGUACUGCAUGGUAUGUUUUUCAUGUACUGUGCAUCUAUUGCACACCAAAUCACAUUAGCCCCUUCAGGCAUGUUCAGAAAAGGAACCCAAUUGCAUGUCAUUGAAGUUUUUUCGAACCUCGACAGAGACGUGUGCGUAGGCAGAGAGCUUUGAACCAAAGGACAUAUGAACUACUUUUUCCACAAACCCUUUUAUCUUGCAGUGUGCUUAAAGAUGGUUUUGAUAUCAUUGUACAAAACCCAAGUCACUGUCGCUUCAUUCCUCUAACAUAUCAAAGAGUAAUAUUGUUGGAAUGAUUUAAAACUAACUGGAAUUCAUGGUCAUUCUGGACUCUUUAUAUUUUCGUCUCAAAUGCAAUCCAUCCUUAUGAAGUUGUGUCUGUACUUUCACAAAUACAUGUAAUAAUUCUGUUUGAGUUGUUAGAAUUAAAAUUAUUCCCAGUUAUGAAAACGUC